CCCACUGAAGUUAGGCUCUUUAGGUCAUUGCAGUUCACAGCUCACCACUUGUUUAACAGGAUAAACCGACUCUGCGACAGAGACGUGGAUACUUAUUUCAUUGCCUUGAUGAUUCCCAGGAUUGGUAUGCGACAAAUGUGACCAGAACGCGCACGCAAUCAUUCCCUUAUUCUAAUCACCCACACAGGUAUUUCUUUCGCUAUUGGAAAAACAGAUUAUAUCACUUUCUUCGAUAAUACAGGAGACGAUAUUCAGAAUGGAACAGGAGGAAGGAAGAGACAUUAAAGGUGUACGUGCCAUGCUGCAGCACAGUCCAGCCUUUUUGAGGAAUGGGAAGAGCAACAAACCUGCAAUUGCUGAGAAACCGAAGGUGAUACCACUGCCUGAGAAUCGAGUUUCAUGCCUACACACAGGGAUAGUGGCCAGAGAAGGAAAGGAAAAUGUUGCAAAAACACCACUCUCACUCCCUCCAAAACCCAGCAUCACACUUCAGAGCUGGCUGCAAAGCAAAGAGACUCCUGUGGCAAGAGACCCUAACAUUAAAAUGGGUACACCAGACAACAAAGCCAAGAGGUAUGAGGGAUUAACAGUAAGUGAUGCCUUAAGACAAAAUAAUGUGCAGAGGUCUGUGAAGCCUGGCAUGGCUCAAUUGAAUUCAUUUGAAACUACACAUCCACUGCCAGGCAAACCAGAAAAGUUGAAUUGUGACUCUUGUGAUUAUUCAAAGCAGAGUUCCCUUUCAGUCCCUCCAACCUUGAUGGAGGAACUUACUCGGGUUCUACUACCUACAGUGGCUAAACAGGGAAACCAACCUCAAGUCAGUGGCAAGUCAUCAAAGGAAGAUCUGGAGUCUGACACUGAAACAUCUAAGACUGACAUGUCAGUGGUUUCUUUUGCAGCAGUGGAAGAACCUGCAAGCUCCCAGGCAUCUGGGCAUGAACCUCAAAGGGCAGAUAAGAGUGGUUUCUCCCAGCUGCAGAGAAAUGACAGUGCAACUCUUUGUCUGCCAGCCAGUGUAAUACCAGAGAACAAAUCCAAAGUAAAUGGAACUGUGCCCCAGGGACAUGCUUUUCCAAAAACAAAGAAGCAAUUGUUUCCAAUGUCAUCACCAAUCAAACCAAAAGAUGCGUCUUGGGGAACAGCUGAUCUGCUCCAUGGCCUGAGCACAAGUCGUCCUGAGCUUCCUGCUGUAGAUUAUUUGAUGUCUGAAGAUCCUAUCCCAGAGGAGGCCUUGAUUCAACCCAAGAAGCACCAGGCUGUUGUAACAGGGGCAUUUCCUCUUGUACUGUCUGUUCCAUGCUCUCAGGCUGACAGCUCACCUUACAGUGACAGAGAAAUCAGAGCAGGUCUUUUUCCAUCAUAUUUGGAAGCUGAAAAGCCUCCUCUGAGACGACCUCUUCCAGAUAUGUGGUCACUGGGCAAAGCCCCAGAGAAGCCCCCCAGGCCUGAGAUUGUGGACCUCAAGCCAUUACAGACUGGGAUGCAAUACACCCAGAGACAGAAUGAACCUGAGGUUCUAGAAUUGACAAAAACAUCUGCUGGAGACACGAAUGACCCAAAUGAGAGAGUCCUUUGCAACCCAUUUGAUAAUGUAUAUGAUGACAUUGAACUGAGAGGAUUUCCACCAUCUGCAAGUGCACAGAAGGAUCAAGGAGUCCAUACAACAGACCUGGAUUCUGGAAGCCAACAAAAGAAUGAAGAAGCAAGGAAAAACAUGUGGUUUGUAAAUUCACGGGAUCGAUCCGAGAGUUCUGAUAGUCAAAGUGACAAGGAACAAAAGAAGAGGGAACGUCAGAGGAUUGAGAAGGAAAGAAAGGAGCAAAGAGAAAAGGAAAGGAGAGAAAAUGAAAUAAAAAAGAAGUUUAAUAUUACUGGUUUAGAAGAGCCUUUGUACCAUGCACGGGUGAUAGCAGCAAGUAAAAGCUGGAGGAACGACCUACAAGUGAAGGUUGGGGAGACUGUGAGCAUCAUCCGUACCACCAACUGCCCGCAGGGAAAGUGGCUGGCAAGGGACUGUGACUCAAACUAUGGCUACGUCUUGGUGAAGGAUCUGGAGUUGGAUAUAAAGGAAAUACUUGAGCUUGGGAAGAAGACCUCACAGGCUGUGAGACACAGCUCCAAUGAUGAGGAUUCCUAUAGCGUGGGAAGCAGGUCUUCUGCCCUUUAUCCAGUUUCUACUGGCAGUUUCACAGAUGACAGUGAAGAAUGGUCCUGCGAUGAUGAACUUAUCCUACCUCCCGAAGUGCAUCUUCCUACACCCUCGGAUCCAGAAGCAAAUAGUAGACCUGUGAGUGCUGAUUGUACAGAUGGUGAAGCUGCUCAAGAAGACAGCCAUUACCAGAUGCAAAAUGAAGCACUUCAGAAACUUGCCACUUUUUUUCAAAGCCGUGUAGAGACAAAGGAGCAGCAGGAAGAAAACAGGGAUGUGAUUCCUGAAAUACGAGAAAAACAAUCAACUGUUUUGCUUCCCAUGGAGGAAAAACUCUCCCAAGACCAAAAUCCAGCUUAUGAACCCAUUGAAAUUGUCCAAAAUCAGGCAAAGCUGAAGGAGAAGAAACUGAAUAGUGCAUGUGGAAUGGAAAGAACCAAAAAACUAAAAGUCAUGAAUCCUUAUCUUGAUCUGCCUACAGCUGCUCAGAGUGUAACUAGUGAGGAGAGGGGAUCCAAAUCCAAGAAUGCUAUUCGAGACAAGGGAAAAAAAAACGGAAAGAAAAUUACAAAGGAAGAGAAGGAGUUCAGGAAAAAGUUUCAGUACACCAAGCCCAUUGAGGUACAAGGGCAAGCAGUGGUGAAUUACAUAAUUGUACAGGAAUUUCCUGAUAGCUGUGACCUGCCCAUUCUCCCUGGAGAGAAUCUGGAUAUCAUUGAUGUGAGCAGUGCUCAUAGACUCAUUUGCAGAAACAUGGCUGGAAAAUAUGGCAGUGUCUUGCUAGAAAACCUAACUUUGUUAACGUAAUGCUGGACAGGACCCAAUCAGCAAUAUUGUUUAUCUCGAUUGAGAACCACCUUGUGUUGUGUACAAAAUGUAUAUUUGCUGGUGAAGGAUUUUCUUUGAGUUAAUUUAAAGUGAAAAUGGGACCUUAUGAAGUAUCCUCUGGAAAGCUCAGAGAGACUGAGUUGGUUUUGCAAGUUUUGUUUUACUUUCUUCAAAACUUACCAGUCAGUUCUGUUGAUAACUGAUUACAUGAGAAUGUAAACACAAAACCAACUGAGUCACUGUAAUCAAAACUUAAUAUGAAGGUAAAAUGAAUCACUUAGAUCAAUAAGAAUGAAAUGUUUUUCUGAGAAGAUAGGAAUUAUUGCUGUUGGAUUUUCAUAAUACAGAGCUUAAAAACUUUCAAGCUCUAACAAUUCUUAGGCUAAUUUAGAAACUGAUUUGAAUAGCAUUGUGUAAUCAUGAAUUUUUCACCAACUCAUGAUACAAGCAUUAAAGUUGUCAGUAUAGUGUGCACAUAGUGUGAUGCAGUCUACGAAAUUGAGAAUAUAGAACCCUGGUCACAAUCUGUAACCAGAAUUAAUUCACAGGGAGCACUGUAAUGAUCUUUGUGCACAUACUGUAUGAGCAAGAAUAUCACCCACAUUUAUUUAGACCGGUGCACAAUGGACACACACUAUAGACACCUGGUCCAGUAAGUCCAGAAAUUGAUGAAGGUGAGGCUGUGCAACCUGCAAUGCUAGUUGAUCAGGUUUUUGAUGACCAGUGUUAAACGAUAUGAGACAAAAUCCACAGCCAUUGCCGAACUCUUCACAAGGUUGUCACACUAAUGAGACGAUGUUUGCAUUAAUCUGGAACAAGAAAAACAUAGAAAUCUAAAAUCUUGGUUGCUUCUACUACACACUUUUACUGCACAAAUCUCAAUGUGAGAUGUUUUAGGUUUAUGUUAAGACCUAUGUGUAUUUUUAGUUUAUGACAUAUACAAUUUUCAGUUGACUAUUUACAGGAUGUACAGAUAAGCUAAAGUAAAUUGAGUACUGCAUUAUAACUAGAAAAGUUUAGCAGGCUAUGUACAGCAUUUCCAACAUAUGGUCGACUUUUUAAAUUAAAUUCAUCCCUGUGCUAGGGGAUAGAAUAAUCCUAUUUCAAUGUAAUUGAAACAAUCAGUGCUACAAUCAAUAAAUGUCAUAAUUUAAAAAUCUUCAUUCUGCGUUAUUGAAUCUGUGGAAUUUACUGGAUUAAAUAGGUAUUUAGAGAGUGAGAACGCAAUUUACACUAGCACUGUAGGUGAUGGGACAUGAUUAACCAUGACAACUGCCUCAUAGAUAGAACAGUGCAGUACAGUAAAGUAUUAUUCUUCCUAAAACUUUAGCGAGAUUAACAUUUCCUUUAAUAAAUAUAUAAGAUAAUGAAUACUGACUAUGAUAAGGUAUAUUGCCAAGCUGCAUUAUGCUAACUCCCAGUCCAGACUGGAAAUUAAUCACAGUUUAUAAUUUGUCAGUCACUUGAAGUUUGUACUUAUAUCUGUAUAUGUAAUUGUUUAGUUAUGUGUCUGGUUUAGAAUUUUUUAUGUAUUAACUGAUACUCAUCCUCAUGUACGGAAACAAGUUAAAUCUGACAAAGCAAAAACUACAAGGGCACCAGACAGAUGAAUUACUGUUGUGUUAUGCCUAUGCAUAACAAACUUGUUAGUCUUGAAUAAAAACAGAUGCUUAAAUUUUCA